GGACUCGCCACACGACAGCCGUACUGUACAGGAGAAAUAAACAUGACAUUGUUGGGAGGUCUUACCAGGUGUACCCGGGUUUGUACAACGCCUCAUGCAUAGGAAAGUUGUUGGAAAACUCCGAUAGUGCUAAAUUAAGACGAGACAUUCGGUGACAGCGGUUUGAAACGGUUGGUUGAGUUAUGUUACCGUAUACCGAAUAUAUAGCUCUUAGCCUGAAAUUGACCGCUGAUGUUGACGAUACAGAAUCAGACAUUUAAUCAGAAGGGCAAUAGUUGAAGAGGUCACACACGUUUUAUCACGAUAUGUUCAGCAAUUAACAAAAGGUCUCAGGGUUCGACCCGUGACGUCACAUCUCGACAGGGUGGCGGGAGUUAUCAGUCACACCUCGGGGGCGGAAGUGCAUUUUUCGUGAGAAAACUGACACCGGCAUUUUAUCAUUAUGGGGCGUCCCAUUUGAGAUGACGUAUCUUACGAUCCCAAGCGUGAAAUUACACAGAGUACUUAAAAAGCGUUGUAAGGACUAGGAUGGAUGGGACUAUAAUUAUACUCAUUUGUGCAUAAUCAAGUUAGCUAAUACAUCAGAAGUCAACACAGGAUGACACAGCUUUUUUGACUGAACGGAUUUAAACUAGCAUUUCUACUGCACGCUUCAUGUGGAUACCCCGUGCAUUGCUUACUUUAAAAUUUGUGGAUUCUUAUAUCGCCGAUGAACGCAUUAUGUGCUAUUGACUUCUAAGAUGAACUGUAUGAACUUCUGAUGGCCUCGAUAUUUUAGUAUGUGCUAAAUAACCUGAAGUGUCAGUAGAGCACUAAAACUGUAUGCUGAGUAGGCUGAAGUGUUAAAACAAGCGAAGGCGAAAGUAUUGUCUAAAAGGAAUUAGCGUACGGAGAAAAAUAGGUGAUGGAGAUAGCAUGUUAUUCUAUGAAGAAUAUUGCGGUUUAUGUGCCAUAGCGAUGUAAGAAAGAAGUGAUUAUGUAUCUUCGCGAUCGUAAGAUCAUAUUUUCGACAUGCUUUUAAGACUCACUGGGAGGUAGCUCCAAACAAAUUAAUGUGUGACAAGAGGGCGACACCGCAGAUAGUACCAGAACCAUAUUUAUAGCCAGAACGAGACGUUUUUGUCCUACUGGAACUAAACAGUAGCUUGCUGAAGUCGCGGGACGCUGGGCCGUCUAUACCUCUGUUGUAUGAUUGUACGUUGUUAAGACUCGAAUGUUGUUCGUGUCUUAUUACUGCUACGAACACUGUGAACAGGGAUAGCAAAUUAGGUUUUACUACGGAGUUAAUACACCCGUAGUCACGGAUUUCUUACUAAAAACCUCCCAUGCAUAGUAAGCUAUUGAUCACUGCCGCUGUAGUGUCUAUAGACCGAGGUAGCUGUUUCUCACCCCGUGAUGUGUAUUUACAUUUCGUAGCGGCUCACGUGACCAAUGCUGUUAUAUGAUUUUAAAGGUCUUGAACCUGAAUAUGCAAACGGGAGCGAUAGAACGGAUGAAAUUCUGAGGACUUCUAAAGGAAUGUACAUAAGGUUUGACAAUCUCAAUACAUGUCAUACAGAGUCCACAUAGAGCGAAUACAGGGCCCUCUAUCAACGGACCCCAAUAUGUACAUGAUCACAACAUGCCAAAUAUGAGGCGAGAUCAUUGAAAAGUUAGUCUUUAAAUAUAAAUAGGCUUGGAAUGAGAUAUCCUUGUGGUGGCAUGAAUGAAGUGUAGUGCUGUAUGAUUCACGGUGUACAGGGAUAUUGAUCUGACACGUAAAUGGUGUGUAUCUGAGGGUAGGCAGACGAUCAGGCAGUAUGUUGACAUCCCCACCGCAGACAUCUCCGCUGCAUUCCACGGACACAGCCAUGGACACGGAUUCCGUGCUCCAGGGAGCCAUGUCCGGAAACCUCCCGAUCGUCUGGAGUGACCAACCACAGACGAUGAAAGACAUUUUAGACGAAACUAGUUUGCCAACAGUGGUCAAGGUUUGGCAGGAGAACCGUUUGCUGGCCAGUCUGGAGGGCGCUAACGACAUACACAAACCCUUAAUUGUGUAUAAGGAGAUGAGGGGUAGAAAAAUCUACGCCAAAAAUGUUACCUCUGUCGACGUAUUGGCAGGGGCCCCUUGUAAGGACAAGACACCGAUUGUUGUUAUUCCCGUCAGUUAUAAAGGAUGGUUUCGUUUGAUAGACGACCUAGAAAUGCCCAUGAAAACUGUUGCCAGUGUCGCUAGAGUCAUGCCGGUCCGAAUGUUGUCAGCCAAGUUUGUCCCUGGCUUUGUCCUAAAGGAGCCUCCAUGUGAAAGUGAACCGGAAGGACUGUACCAGAGGGUAGAGGUCCAGCCAGGGGUCCUUCGGGUCUUCAACAUCCACGAGGACUACAUCCGCUACAACAACUACCGAAAGUUAACACGCCGGAAGUUACUUCGUUGUUUACGGUGCAUUAUGGAUGACAAUACAGAGGUUUUACUUCCGUUUGACGCAGAAGGCCUGUUUUAUAUGAUAGAAGCGAGAAAGACAACUUCAAAACACAUCAAUGUCGACGAUAUUGCUUAUGUGUACAGUAUCAAUGAUUUAUUAUCGGCAGGACUAGCAAAGGGAGUGUUUAUCAAACUGUUACACGGUCGCCCGCCCUCCAAACCGUGCAGCUUCACUUCUGUUUUACAAAUACACGACGUUAUAAAAGAUCACACCAUUGUGGCAUGUACAAUGGACGAGAAAAAAAGUUUACUCGAACUUCCGGUGGCCAACGUUCCACUGUUUGUGAAGGCUUUGAAUACGACUGACUUGUGUAUGAAUGGUUUGUACGCUGAAACCUUGUCACAUCUCCAAAAAACGGCUGAAAAUUAUACAACUGAAAUGAAGGUUAGAUAUCACUACAGCGUUGAAACAUCGUCAGAGAAAGGCAAGGGGAAGGAUUGAGAGUGUAAUGUUGGCACAGAACCCAUUAAGUGUAAUUAUAUUGAUGUGAUCCCAUUGUGUAACGCAUGAUCAAUACCACGCGAUGCUAACUACGUCUGACGGUCUGUAAACGAACUUUCAAUUUCCAAGAUUCCAAAACGCGACGACAUUUUAUAAUUCCGAAAUCAAUUUAACAUGUUUUUUUCAUUCUAUUUUCAUGGCUUAUCUGUUGGAAGUCUCGAUGUAUAGGUACGUGUGUAUAACAUUAAAAAAGCACUGUCAAAUU